GUGACCUGGGUGUGCUGUUGUGUUGCGAAGUGCAUACACCUGUCCUAAUUUGAGACGGAACGACGAGCUUGAUGGUCUGGAAUUGGGAAAAGCCUUAAUCGCUUCAGGAUUUUUAUAACGAUUAAUUAGUUCCUGGGCAGUUUCCACCGAGCUGACUGAAGUCCAUCAGUCCUGUCCAAAGUUAAACGAGGAAGUGCGCGUGACUCAUCGGUGUCGUCGCUCGGGCCAUAUCCACCUCUGGCUACAAGUCGUAUACUAAUCUUUUUUUAAUCACUCAUGUAUGCAAUGUAUUUAUUCUUUUAGUCCCAGUGCGAUGUUCAGUGUCAAGUGACGUUUAUUGUAAAGUAAUCCGAGUUUGAUCGCACUAAACUCUCACAGGUGUUGACACUGUAUCAGGAUGAAUGAGUCCGGGUCCACUGCGACAAAUUUCAGCACUCUCUCAGUGGAUUCAGAUAAAAAGAUGGAUAAUUCAGUCCCUUUGUCGUCAUUCUCAAUGCUGUCUAACAUAACCGACAUGUCUAACAUGACCAUGAUCAGAUCAAGUAAUGGGACUGAAGUAGUGGGGGAUGACCAGCUCUUCCUCAACACCCCCACGGCCCAAGCCUUGUCAGGGAUUUUCGUUUGGUCUGCGCUCAUCAUCACCUGUCAUCAGAUAUACCUGCACCUAAGGUCGUACACUGUGCCAAAGGAGCAGCGCUACAUCAUCCGCAUCCUUUUCAUCGUCCCCAUCUAUGCUUUCGACUCCUGGCUCAGCCUGCUGUUCAUCAGUAAUGACCAGUAUUAUGUGUAUUUCGACUCCGUUCGUGACUGUUAUGAAGCAUUUGUGAUAUACAACUUCCUGAGUCUGUCUUUUGAAUACCUUGGAGGAGAAAGUGCCAUCAUGUCGGAAAUAAGAGGAAAGCUUAUUCAGUCUAGUUGCCUGUAUGGGACAUGCUGUUUGGUAGGAAUGAGUUACUCCAUUGGCUUCCUGAGAUUCUGCAAGCAGGCCACACUUCAGUUCUGUGUCGUGAAGCCCAUCAUGGCUGUCAUCACCAUCCUUCUGCAGGCUUUUGGCAAAUAUCACGAUGGAGAUUUUAAUGUAACGGGAGGUUACCUUUAUAUCACCAUCAUCUACAACAUCUCUGUCAGUUGUGCUCUCUAUGCCCUCUUCCUCUUCUACUUCGCCACCAGUGACCUUCUGAGACCUUUUGAGCCUGUGCUCAAAUUCCUCACCAUCAAAUCCGUCAUCUUCCUCUCCUUCUGGCAAGGUAUGGUAUUGGCCAUUCUGGAGCGAUGUGGUGUGAUCCCAAAAGCUCUGGUCAUUGAUGGUCAUGAAGUAGGGGCUGGUUCGGUGGCAGCUGGUUGGCAGAACUUCAUCAUCUGCAUCGAAAUGUUCUUCGCCUCCAUCGCCCUCCGCUACGCCUUCACCUCCAGUGUGUACCGCGAGAAGAAGAGUGAAGCACCAGAGAAUGUAGCACCUAUGCACAGCAUAUCCAGUGGCCUGAAGGAGACCAUUAACCCUGGAGACAUGGUUCAGGAUGCAAUCCACAACUUCUCUCCAGCUUACCAACAGUACACACAGCAGUCCACCCAGGAAGUAGUGCAGCCCAACAUGAAUGGCAAACCAGGGACCAGCACCUCCAAGAGUUCGAAGAAAUCUGAUAAAGUGAUGCUGAUCGACACGGAUGAUGAGUUCUAGUGCCCCGUCUGUCCUGAUCUAUAUAUUUAUUUAAUCCAAAACGAAUUUGACUCUUUAGAACUUUAAUGAGGACCCUAAUCAUGCAAAUCAGUUCAUGAUUUGUUUUUGUUUUUUUAUUUUAAAGCGAGCUCAAUAAAGGGAUCUGAACCGUUUCCUGACAAGUAGAGAGCGUCAAGCAGGGGUUGUUUUGUUUUCCUCGUCAUAGUCCUGGAGCGCAUCCUUUCCUGAUCCUCCGUAGUGGCAGAUGAUCCAGCCUCGUGAUGGAGAGUCCCCUUCUCUUCUCUGACCCGUUCUGAAGCAUGGCGGAUAAACAUUAGGCACAGGGAGCUGUUCAGAUGGAAUGAAUCAGAGACCGACGCUUUAGGGAGCCAUUCUUGCAUCUGGUCGUUUGAAGUAUUUGCUCAGCAGCCCUCUGCUGGGUAUCAGGAUGAAUUGAACUGGCUCUCAGAGAUGCCCUGGCUUUGGAGAUCGCACUUCAAACUGCUGUCUGCUGCUCUUUGAAACCUUUGUAUCAAUCAUGCCACUCUGAGCUCUGCCCCCACUUGAUUUGGAGGUUCAUUAAUUUUCACACCAGGCCUUCAAAGAGUGAGAGAUCUGAUGCAAAAAUGCAAGUCUCCGCUAUCAUGGUGUAUUUUAAUUGCAAAUCGUUUGUGUUCAAGAAUUAUUUGGUUGGUUAAAGCUUUAACCUGUGACAAGUGUAUAAUGGCACAGGUGUUACUGGGGCAUGUUAAUUUGUUAAUGUUAAAUUAUGUUGCUUGGUUCUCGUUCAAAGGCGGUUUGCCUAAAUUGUUUGUAAACGGUCCAACAUGAAAUGUAAUUUAGUUAAUUAUCAGACAAAGCUAUUGAAAUGUUUUUUUUACUACAAAUUACCACAAAGUAAGUCCUGGUCAGUACUUUCUAAACAGUCUUUAAAGUCUUGUCUUUCAAAGUCUCUGAGCACACCCUGUUUUGUCUUGAUAGAGAAUUGUUUUCAAAAUGUUUGUUGAUGUAUUUGUAAAUCUACUCCUGUAGUUCGUUUGAUCACAUUUUGCAAACACUCAUCAAAGAUGUGGACUUCAAAAUGAAACAACCUAUGUUUUGUGAUUCAGAGUUGCUCUCUUCACUUUAUAGACAAAAUAAGUUGACUCGUUUUGUCUAUAAUGUAGCCAUGUAUGUCAUCUUUGUUAAAUGAAUGUUAAGAGGAAGCGUUAUGCGCGUAUGACUUGUGCCAAUGAUUGCUGCCUUACGGCUGUGGCUGAUGAAGUGGUGUGUGUGUGUAUAGUAUAUUGUGUGAAUCAGAGUAUGAUCUAUAAACAGAUACUGAUAUUUUAGCUACCUGUACAGUUGGUUUUGACGACAAAAUCUGUUCUCAUUGGAAAUAAAUGGAGUGGAUUUUUUUUUCCUCUCAA